AUGGUAGGAAACACCAUCUUCGUGGGACUGGGUGCAUCACACCAAAACCUCCGUCCGUAUGGCUGGAUACGCUCGCUCACGUCCAUCGGAUGUUUCAGCUUGGGAUCCUUCCUUUUUGCAAGACUACAUCGCGUCCUAGGUACUCAGCGACGAGUGUCGUUGAUGUUGUCUUUCCUGGUACAGGCCAGUAUAAUCCUGCUUACAGCUGGACUGGUUCAAGGAGGUGCCGUUUCUAGUACGCUAGCCGGCAAAGGAUCACAGAAAGCACCCCCGUGGGAUCAAAUAGUCCCGAUAAUUCUCCUUAGUUUCCAAUCUUCCGGUCAGAUUGUAGCGAGUCGUGCCUUGGGAUACAAUGAGCUCCCGACCGUGGUCAUUACCAGUCUUCUCUGCGAUCUGAUGUCAGACCCCCAGUUGUUUCUUAUCAGGAAUGUGAAACGCGACCGGCGAGUCAUUGCGUUCGUUUUGACGAUUGUUGGCGCCAUCGUCGGCGGAUGGGUCACUAAAGUCACCGGGGGAGUUGCUCCCAUUCUCUGGCUGUCGGCUGGUAUCAAGGGCUUGCUCGUCUUGGUCUGGGCUUUUUGGAAAGCCAAAUAG